CCCCUCCCCCCGCGCCCCGGGGCUCCUCGCGCGCCGCAACUACGGGACGAGGAGGCUGCGUGGACUCUGCGGACAUGCAUGCUCCGAAAGCUCCAUAGCAUGUUUUCACCGCUACUGCUGGGUUCUUCUUCUAUACGCUUCUCGCAAAUUGACUGGUAGUUCGGUGCCAAGUUUCCGAAGCCGCUCUAUCCUGUAUUAUUAAGAUUUAAUACUACGGUGGGUCGCCAUGUGUUGGCUGCGUGUGAGGAUGGGAGUGUCUACUGCUACUCCCUUAAGAGCGGCAAGCUGAAACGUCAGUACAGUGGACAUAACGCUGCUGUGAUCUGCCUUACCAUCCUUGAACGAGAAGGUCCAGAUGGAGAGGACCCAGUACCAGAGUUUCUCUACACUGGUUCCUUGGAUCGCCAGCUUCGCUGCUUCCAGUUCAAGACUGGUGCAUUGGUUAACCAACCAGUGAAUCUUGGUAAACCAAUUCAGUGUAUGGAUGAAAACUGGGGCACCAUUUUUAUGGGAACAAAGGUGGGAGAAAUAGCGAAAUUUUACACAAAGUCUUUCAAACUGAAUGAAGACUACCUCAGAUGCAGCAAAGAAUCCAUCUUGGCUGUUAAAGCUACUAAAGAAGGAGCGAGAAAAAUUAUCAUAGUGGCCGCAAGAAAUGAACCAGUGACGAUCAGGGAUGCAAAUUCAGGUCUGUUGAUGAGGGUGAUAGGACACAACUUGCCGCACACAGUAUACAGUCUGCUGCUGGAAUCAUCACUCUUGUAUUGUGGUACAAAGACUGGCAAGAUUCCUGUGUUUUCCUUUACUACUGGAGAAGAGGUUGGAAAAUACAAUGCUGGCUUUGGAGUAGUUUGCAUGAGAGUCUACAAUCACCUUCUUUUUGCUGGCUGCUAUGAUGGUAACAUCUACAUAUACAGUACUCAGGAUCAAUCAUUCAUAAGUUGCAUCCCUGGACCUGGUAAAAUGCUCCUUUGCCUAGAUGUUGUUAAAAAUAGGAUAAUUGCAGGCAGUAAAGACAGCAAGUUACAGGCGUGGCCACUACCAGCUGAUGUGAAGAGCUGCAUAAGGGAGUCAAGACAUCGCUAAUGCAUCACUUUAUUUAUGGGAUCCAAUAAGUGGGUUAGAAUUUGAGUGACUAAAUUUUGUGUAAUAUAUGUAAGUACAUUCUACUAUCCUGAAUUCAAGAACUUUGAAGUUAAUAUAUACACACACACGCAAAAAGUACUUAUUUUUUAUAUCUACUAGAUGUGCUUUUUGAGACAGUGGCAUCCAUCUUGCAGUAAUGGUUGGAAGUUGAAAACUCCCUUGUUUUGAUUAUCAGUAUUGAGAGAGAAGUACAUAAAAAAGUAUAUAAAUAUAUAUUAGUUGAUACAAACUGUAUUAAGGUACAAAACUAAAUUCAGUCUAUGAGCAACCAUGUCAACCAAUGUGAUAUUUCUUUGUAUACAUUCAUGUAUGCUUCUAAACAUAGAUCAUGGACCAAGUAGUCUCCUGGCAAUUUGAUUUGUAUAUUUCUGUUAAAGUUUUCAUGUAAUGGAAAUAGUCACAUUGCAGUCUUAUAUAGUAAGUAAGAUUCCAUCACCAGAACAGUACUGAAGGAAGAUAAUAGAGGACUUGUGCAUUCUACGUAAUAUUGCAACUGUUCCAUACCAUUGUCUAUAGAAAUUAAAAUCAAUUUCUGACCAUUUAUUGUUUUAUGUGAACUUUGUUUUAUACCCAUGAUUUGGAUGUUCCUUCGAAUGUAUUACAGGUCUAAUAGCAUUUGCUGUGUGGGAACAGAUCUCAUUGACACAAUCCUACUUGCUAUGUGCAAUAAUAUGUGGAGCAGUAGGAGUAUUCAAAGAUAUUUUUUCUUUUACUUUUCCAGAUUUGGAAAAAUUGACGUUGAGUUGCAAUGUAUUGUAUCUCCUUAAAAAUGAUUUAGAAUUAUUGUAACUUAUAAUUUGCUUCUUUAGUCAUAUGUAUGAUAUUUUGUUUCUAAUGGGAACAUGGUUUAUAUUUUAUAGUCAAGACUCAUUUAAUUUAUCUCUCCCAGUUUCCUUGUGUGUUUCUUGUCAUUAUAUAGGAAAAAACUAGUGUUAAGAAACUAGUUUUAUCAUUGUCUUAAUAGCAUGUCAUACAUGUUAAAUAAUUAUUUGCAACAGUGUGAAACACUGAAUAUCAAUGUUGGACUGAGAUAUUCUUCCAAGAAAGAAACUGUGUUGUGUUGUACUGUGCUGCAUUAUGGGAUAUUACUUUUCCAGAGCUGUGAUUUUUCUUACCAUUUUGUUGUUGUUGCAGCAUAUCCUCUUAAACCAAUGAAAGGUUCUUAGUGCACCUUGUACAUUACCAUAAAUGUUGUAAUUAUGUUAUCAUCAUGAAAAUAAACAGGCUUGGACCUGAAAUUUUAUUUUCUGUAUCAUUAAACUCGUUAUUUCUUCUCCAUAGUGUUUUAUUUUCAUGUGAGCUCAAAGCUGCAAUUGUUAACAUAAAUGUAAUUUCUUAUUACUUUAAUUAUAAUUUAUUUAAAAAAAGGUUUGGAAACAUGCACUUGUUUAUUGUUUCUCUUCAUCAUUAGGAUGUCAUGACUAUUUUCAAUUGCUGCUAAUUGAGCUUAUGUGUGUGGGCUUAUCCACUAUUUUGAAAUAAUUUUAAAACUACCAUGCUUUUGAUAAGUGAAAAUUUAUACAUGCAUUCUUAAAACGGUUUUCACCAUAAUAGCAAAAAAUACUAGGCCUAGAAAGAAACUGUUAAAGAUUAAUCAAAUUGCUCCUGCCACUUAUCAAGAAUAUAAAAAAGGUGUCCUGUUGUUCUAGUUUCUUUCUAUCAAUCUAGUAAUAAAAAAAUUGUGUUGACUGUAACAUUUGAGGUUUCCGCAAUGCAUUUAGGUAAAUUGACAAUUUUAAAAUUGAAGUUUAUCAUGGUAUUCUGUUAUUUUUUUCUUUCUUAUUUGAUUAGGGUCAGACAGUUGCGUUAUAGCUUUUAAAGAAUGUUACAAAUUGUUUAGUACAGUUAAUGUUUUAUUCUGAAGUCACUUUCUCUCUGGAGUUUCUUUCAGUAACUGUACAUUAUAAAAACAAAAAGUCUCAUUCUUGUUUCAGAGAGUGGAGAUUGACUGUGUAUUUUAUAUGUGAUUGAGAAAAGUAUGACUGUGAGUAGGUUUAUGAAAUGUAUAUCAUAUUGUAAUAUAGUCCGUUGCUUGUUUGGGAUUUAUGAGAAAAAGACUUAUAAAUGUACAUGUAUAAAUAUGUCUGCAAAUUGAAGAGUCCUGUAUUAGUUAAUUACUAAAUUAUAUAAUGUAAUUAUUAAUUUGUUCCUUACCAUAAUGCAUUUAGUGUUAUUUUAUGCUUCCUAAAUUGAAAAUACACUUUCUAAUCUUGUUAAGAUAAAAUUUCUGUGUAUGUAUAGCAAUAUGAACCUGUUAUAGUAUGUUUAUGAUAGUAUUGGAUUCAAACCAUGAAAACAUGAUGAAUGUAAAAACACAUUCCUAUCAUUUCAUAAUUU